AAAAAAACGGAAAAUCUAUUUUAUUUGUUGUGGUUCAGGAGGACAACUUGUUAGAUAGCUAGCUCAAUUAUCUACGACCAGCACUUGCUAAAUUCACAGAUAUCAAAAACGCAGAUUAGGUUUCAACUCGAAGAGGCUGUUUACACCAUAUUUCCACGGGAGAACACCUAUGGUCGCUGGAGAAGAUGCUAGCUGUGCGCCAAUUUCUACCUAACACAAUGACCAACUACAGAGCUUUUCAUACACAACUGUCGUCCAUCAUGGAUGCAUUGACCAAAGCGGCGGUGGCAGAUAUCUGCGAGCUCGUAGAUGACAGUUAUGCUGUUUUACAAUUGGAACUCUCUCGAAGCCACAAAGAGAAUGAGGCAUUGAGAAGGAAACUCGAGUUGAUCGAGACCAUCAUUGCGCGGGGGCAGAGAGGCAAUAUGGCAGAAACAAACCACCAAGCUAACAUUGAUUCCCUCAAUGCCGAACAUCCCUCUUCAUCUGGAAGGGCUGCCUGUACCAAGCAGUCAAAUGAAAAUCUAAGAAGAGCUGGAAAGAUCACAGCUGUUCGGGAAGCCACAGAACAGUCUGAAAAUAAAGAGGUGGUUUUGCAGGUACCUGACGAGGAGAAGAUCGGACCUGACAUAGUCUUGAUCAAGGAGGAGAAGCUGGGCGGGGACUUGGAUAGUAGUAAUGACACACAGGAUGUUCUGCUAUUCAGUGAGAAGGGUACUGAGGCAUCGUAUGGUGAAGUGGAUGACGGUGAAGGACCUUCCAGAAUAACCUCCUCCACCAUAACUACGAGGGAGUGGGACAGAAGUGGAGAGGAUAGUGGCCACCGAUCCGAGCAGGGGAAUGAGAGUUCUCAGAGGACUCCCCAGUUUUUGCGUUCUAAAUUCACGGCCGGAAGAUGGAACCCCCUGAGCCUUAACUACACGCUGCACGAGACACCUAGUGAGUCUGGGUCCAGUCCACCGGGGGGGAAUAAUGAAAUGGAGACAGUGGAACCCGUUUAUGAUUUCCCUUCAGAAACCGACACCGUCCCCUCUACUCACCCGACAGGGAAGCGGUUUCCCUUUGAACGAGACAGUAGUCCAAAUUCUCUCGCUGGGAAUUUUGAAAUGAAAAGAGAAGUUUCCAUGGUCAGCCCUCUACCCUACGACGUGGAACUGGAUAUGUGUUCUUCAUGGAGCAACCAGGAUAUGCUGGGAAUGGUUUCCAUGCAGGACGGGAAAUACCUGAAACCGGACCGCAGGGAAUUGCUGCUUGACAAGGUUGCAGACUUGAGCUCUGCCCAUUAUCAAAUGACUGCCGCCGGACUUCACGCUGCAGCCAAGUAUGACAGCAGAGACAGCAAGCGUUUUAUUUGUACCUUCUGCAGCAAGUGUUUUACAUCGUCGCGAAAUCUGGAGACGCACCUGCGGGUUCACACGGGAGAGAGACCAUACAGCUGCACCCAGUGCGGGAAGAGGUUCACCCAGUCUGGCCAUCUGAAAACGCAUCAGAGCGUACACACCGGAGAGCGGCCAUUUGCCUGUGAGCAGUGUGGUAAAAGGUUUGCAGGGAAACAGAAUUUGAGGUUACACCAACAGAAAAACCACCCUAAUCUGUGAGGUGUAAGGCUAGUUGAGAGCUCCACGAACCGUUAUGCCUAACAUUUUUAGAAGCAUUAGACCAGAACCGUGACACUGUUUGACAUCUAAGUUUGAACAUUAGUCAUGAAGAAAAGGCUAUUUUGUAUUUUCACACUCAUGAUAUGUUUUGAAUGGUGGAGGUGAAAAACAUGGUCUAACAUUGCGAUGCUCUAAUUAAAAUUUUUGUUCCAUUUAAUUGCCUUUGAAAUGAUACAAUUGAUAAUAUUUAACCCAAUGAAACAAAGCUAUUUGAUGAGACAUUAUUACCACUGGAAUGUAUUUUGAAAAUGGAACAGUCCUUCCAUAUAAGUUGUUAGGAUAAUGGUCACACUUUAAAUUUACCACAAUUCAUAAAGGCUUAAUAUAGCAUACAUAAAGUCUUAAUAAGAACUAUAGAGUGCAUCAUAUCCUACUAUGGAAAUUCUCAAUAAAGCUGUGCUUUACAAAGGGUUGUAAACAAUAUAACAUUAUUAGUGUGCUUGCAAGAAGAUGACUCAUGUCAGGCCAGAACUGUAAGAGAAAAUGUGUUCUCCCAGUAAACUUACAUUUUUAUAAUACAGACAGUAGGAAAGUUUAUUUAAAGGAUGAGUCAGUUCAGAAGCUAGAAGAUUCAUUACUUGCCAACAUCUGCAAUUCCCAGUUAAACAACAUGUUUUGAAGUUCACUUUCAUUGUUUUGUCUAACACUAUCAUGAAUCUACAAAGACGUUUUGUGGGUCAGUAGCUAGGUUUCCAUCCAAUUGGCGAUUUUCAUGCAAAAUUAUAAAAUCUGCAUGCCGAAAAUGCGCGUUUUCCAACCAGUGGUCUGUUUUCACCAAACUGACUUGUUGCGUAUACAAAUCAGUGCCUGAUGACGUAGUGCAUACAAUUUACUUUUCCGUUUAAGUUUUCAGGUACCGAAUAAAAUGUGUUCAAUGUGUUUCCAUUGCAUUUUCAACUCUACCGAUAGCUUUGUUACAAACUGUUGCAUUAAAUAGCAAAUGUGCCUACUCUGGUCUUGACACGUGUGCUCUAGCCAACAGCUCGCAGAUACAGUAUGCUAGUCUACAUGAGAUUAUUAUGGAUAAGACUGAGAAUAUUUAUAUUUGUCAAACAGCAGUUUGAACAAAAUACAAUUUCAGCUAAACCCUAAAAGUACAGUAUCUAACAAAAUAACUACGUAAUGGCAUUCACUAACUAUUUGCAGAUCAUAGAAAUGUGGAUAUGUUCGGAUAAAAUUCUAAUUUACCUUUUUAAAUGUAUUGAUUUACCUGUUUAUUUAGUCCGAGAUUGUCAAUAUUUGGGUUUGGCAGUGUGUUGACAUUGAAGGUUGAAUAACUUCCAUAAUAUGUCUGAAAUUAGUGAGUCAGAACAAUGUUUUAUUAGUUGUUCAUAUGCAAUAAAAAAAUAGUCAGGAAUAAGUCAAUUCUAGCUCACCAUCAGGCAAUUGUUGAACUUGUGCAUUGCAAUAUAUUUCUAAUAUUCAUGAAUA